GCCCAGCCAAGACAGAUGACCUCAGGCUUCCUCCCCACCUCCCCCCUAAUCUUAGCUGGCCAGGGCCUAGCUCUUCCCAGAAGUAUCCCAGCUUCCCCAUCCUCCAACCCAAGCUUCCGGACCCUUGGGAUAAAACGGGCCUGGAGAGUCUUGGGAGCCACUGGCCUGCAGAAGCCCCAGCCCCGACUGCCUUGCACUCUGGGCUUCUGCUUGUUCCUGCUGGUCAUGAGCCUCAGAGCACGUUCCCGUGCCCCCAGCCCCUGCCUGGGCCGGGCGUUGCUGCUCCUGGGACUGCUGCUCCCGCCAGUGGUGGUCGCCCUCCCCACAGCCCCAGCGGACCUGGAGGAAGGAGACGAGGACCUGCGCUGCGUGUGUCUGAAGACCACCUCCCUAGUCCGCCCCAAGCACAUCAGCAGCCUGGAGGUCAUCGGUGUGUCAAGCUACUGUCCCACCCCCCAGAUGAUAGCUUCGCUGAAGGAUGGGAGGAAAAUAUGCCUGGACCCGAAUGCCGCUGUGUAUAAGAAAAUAAUUAGGAAGCUUUUGAAGAGCUAGUUACUGGCUGCCUGACCCUGUACCUUUUCGACAGAGCAUGUUUUUUUUAUUUUAGUUUUUCCAUGUUCAACCUAACUCUGGAAAAAUCUUCUGAAGUUUUUAUGAUACUUCAAAUUCUUAAUAAAUAAAAUAAAUCGA